AUGGGCAAAGAUACAGAAAACUACGCACCGUCCCCUACGGACGAAGUUAUCGUUAAUCCGGAUUCCGCACUCGAAGACUGUUCGCCAGAACCCACGGACACAAUUCCUGAGGGAGGGUAUGGUUGGGUCAUCGUUGCUUGCGUCUUCGCUAUCAACGGCUUCACUUGGGGCGUAGUAGCUUCGUACGGUGUCUUCCUUGCUUACUAUCUUUCUCACGAUGUCUUUCAUGGAGCCACUGCACUCGACUAUGCCUUCAUCGGCGGAUUGAAUUUCGGGAUCUCUCUAUUCAUAGCAUCUCCUGUUACGUAUCUCACACGGAUUCUUGGAACUCACAUCCCAAUGCUCAUUGGAAUUGUGCUCCAGACCGGCGGAUUCAUUGCUGCAUCAUUUGCAAAGAAAAUCUGGCACCUAUAUAUAAGUCAGGGCCUUCUCGUCGGACUCGGAGUUGGGUUCAUUUUCAUACCAAGUGUGGGUGUCACCUCCCAAUGGUUCGAAAAGAAGAGAAGCCUUGCCAAUUCAAUCACCAGUGCUGGGUCCGGGGUUGGCGGAAUAAUCGUCGCAUUCGCGACACUGCCCAUGAUCGAGAACAUCUCCCUUGGCUGGGCUCUGCGCAUCAUCGGAAUCAUAAGCGGUACGGUAAACGUGAUUGCCACUUGUCUAAUUCGCAACCGAAAUAAGGUUAUCAAGCCGGCCAUGCAUCCGUUCGACCUCAAACUCCUUCACCAGGGAAACGUUAUCAUUUUACUGUCCUGGGCUUUCUUUAGCAUGCUUGGAUAUAUCAUAAUCAUCUACUCUCUAUCGGAUUUCGCUCGCUCUAUCGGUUUGCCAUCUUCCCAAGCAUCGAUGAUCACGGGCUUCCUCAAUCUAGGGACUGCUGUAGGGAGACCGUGCAUAGGCGUUCUCAGUGACCGCUACGGGCGGAUCAAGGUGGCUGGUCUGACGACCUUCAUCUGCUUUCUAUCAAUCUUCAUGGUCUGGGUCCCCGCAAACUCGUAUGGAAUCACCGUGUUCUUCGCAUUGUUGAGUGGAGCUAUAGUCGGAGUGUUUUGGAUGACUAUCAGCCCCCUAUGCGCGGAAGUGGCGGGACUCACAGAGCUGCCGUCUAUGCUCUCUUUGGCUUGGGCUUCCGUUGUCCUACCGACUACUUUUGCGGAGGUCAUUGGCCUGAAGCUUCGCCGCCCAUAUGCGAAUCGACCUUACUUGUAUCCUCAGAUAUUUGCGGGUAUCUCAUACUUAGCUGCGACUGCCCUUAUGCUUGCGCUAUGGCUGAGGCAUCGUCGAAGAAAGCCAUAA